AUGCCAGAGACCUCCCCCACAUCCCAAGGCGAAUCAAGCACCCUGCAAGGAUCAGCCGCCCAGCAGUUGAAUAGGUCCUGCGAGUCUUGUCGAAGUCUCAAGGUCCGCUGUCUCCCCAGCCCAUCCACGCCUAAUCAAUGCCAGCGAUGCGCUAAGGGUAAGCGAUCAUGUGUCUUCGUGGCGCCGCAGAGACGGCGACCCCGGAAGCGGACGGAUUCGCGCGUCGCCCAGCUUGAGAAGGAGAUGCGGAUGAUGCGUUCACUGUUGAAAAAUCGCAUCCCCGAAGAAGAACCGGAUUCCAGUGAGGAAAGCGACGGGGACGAUGUCCAGGAUCAUGAGUCGGGCGAUGGAGACUUUAAGAGCAAUCUCGCCUUGCGGGAGCAUUCGGCUCAUUCGUCCGAGGAUGUCCGUUAUACGGAUUAUUCCCCUGAAUUGCUGACAACCCCGCACCCCAGCAUGUCUGAUAGUGGUGGUUAUUCGGCGCCGCCGACCUUUUCGGGUAUGCCAGCUGGCUUUGUGUCGGAGCAUGAGAGGAUUCCUCCGGCGGACGACGUGAUCGACCGGGGGAUUCUCUCGCUCGAAGAUGCGGAGCAAUUGGUGGCGUAUUUCAUCCACGAACUUGCAGUCUUCUUUCCAUUGAUUGUCCUGCCUCCGAACACUACGGCAGCGCAACUGCGAAAAACAAAGCCAGUCCUCUUUCUCUCCGUGAUUGCCGCGACAUCCAUAUCCGUCGAUGUAGGCUUGGCAGGUGUGCUGAACCGCGAGAUGGUCCGCCUCUAUUCAGAGCGGUUCUUCAUCGAAGGCGAAAAAUCACUAGAGUUAGUGCAAGCGCUGCUUCUGAUGAUCAUAUUUUAUUUCCCGCCCGUGUCGCCUUUGAAGCUGCAGCUUUAUCAGUACACGCACAUCGCUUCGACAAUGGCGUUAGAAAUUGGGUUAGCAAAUAAACGUCGUGUCUCGAAAAAGUUCGAUCGCAAGAGCACCAGACAUGAUGAGGUGUUGGCUGAGCAGGCGAGAGCAGUCCUCGGCUGCUACCAUCUCGGUUCAAGUGUCGCGAUGAAAACCCGUCGCCCAAAUCUGCUCCAGUUCAAUGACUGGAUGACCGAGUGUCUCAUUCAAUUAGAAAACUCGCCGCAGCGAACGGAUCAACAUGUGGCGAUAUGGUUCGAGCUCCAGCGAAUAACCGAUGAGGCAAUGUCCUCAUUCGGUCUGGACGACACCAGUACCACAUCGACCCUAACUGAGUCGCGUGUCCAAGCCGUGCUACGCUGGUUCGACAAGCGGCUCGAAACGUGGAAGGAUAAUACCCCAUCAGAAAUGCUCACCAUCCCCAUGAUCCUCGAAUACCGCUCCACAGUACUAGCGAUGUACGAACUCGGCGUAGGAGAAGGCUACCGCGACCCGAACGCACUUAAGCGACGAUAUUUCACACUGCCGACCCUUGAUGAAGAAGGCAACAACGGCAGGGAAGCACUGGAAGGCCCACUCAGCGCAAUCCGUAUCGACAUCAAUAUCAAAUGGAUGAACGCCGCACAUGAGAUGUUGGACACCGUGCUGACCUGCAGCACGGAGACGAUGCGUAAACUCCCGAAUCUCAUGUACACCCGGUUCGGAAUGGCCGUGACAUCCCUGCUGAAAAUCCACUUCUCCGUGCGAACCGGUGCUCUCGGCGAAGUCGUCACAGUGCAGGCUGUGAACGUGGCCUUCUAUCUCGAAGCCCUAGCCAACAAGCUAAGCGAGGCCAGUGCCGGGGGUAAGUACCAUAUCCCCAGUCGGUGGUACUAUGUCGUGGGCGUCAAGGGUCGGGAUUGGUAUGAGCGGCUGGAGAAGCGGCAGAGCGGAGGGGUAGAAGUUGGUUCUCGGGUCGUAUCGGGGAGUCCGUCGACCGGUACUGCGGAAUCGAUCUCCGGUCCAGCGUCGCAUCCUAGCCAAGGUCAGAGCCAAAGCCAAAACCAAAACCAAAACCAAGGCCAAGUCCCAUCAACGAUGGACUCCUUCCCCGUCGCCUCCAUGCCUCCAAUGCCGCCGGCAGUAGAGGGCAUGCGCGACGGGUACGUAGCGAUGGGUGGCCCUAGCAUGUGGGCCAUGGAUACCGGGCAUAACCCGCAUUUCUACCAGAUGAGCGCGGCAGCGUAUCAGCCUUCUGUAACGUAUGCGCAGGUGUCGCAUGUGCAGGCAACGUUGCCGCCACAGUUUUCGUAUGAGCCGCAGAGGAUGCCGGUUAGUGCUGCUGGGCAGCAUAUGGCUAGGGCGGGCAUGGAGCUGGAUGGGUGGCUUCCUGAUGGGAGUAUUUUCGGGGUGCAGCCUCUGCCUGAGUUCUGA